UGUACUUUGCUCCAGUUGCUCCUUGUACUGCGGCCCUUGUUUUCGGGCUUUUGUAUUCAAGACGGCUUAUAAACAGCCUUGAAGACAACGAUGUCCAGCUUCCCUCGACGAUCUCACUCUGGACGAUUCCUCUUGCUUUGUGCACAGCGGAUCGCCGCGAUAUCUCAAGGCUGCUACAUUUCUCCCAGUUUUCGGUCGAGCUGGCGGUCGAAGAUCUCAGCUGAUACGCGCAGACAGGAGGUCUAGAAGUGGCUGCCACUGGAGAUCAAUAACCACAAGGCCCAGAUCAACAGAUCUUUCUUAUGAACGCAUCAGACUGAAAGGAGAUGCUCCCGGAAACGCCAUGUCCAUGCCCCUUGCGAACUGACGUCUGGCAGGAAAGUGAAGCUCGCCUGAGAACAGGAGAACACAAGGAGGGGGAGCCGAGAGUGUCGUCAGAGUGAACAUGGCUGAGGACCAUGUAACUCGAUCAUUAUCUUGAGGGCAGCGGCAAAGGGCGCAUGUGGCAAGGAAAGUACAAGGACUGGUGAGUUUCGGGAACAAGGGCGGGAGCCAAAAACGUCUCUUGACACGUGAGGUGAGGAAGGCUGAGAAAUUGAUCACUCCCGGACGCUUGACAGUCUGUUAACCCGCGUCCCAGGGGACGACGGGUGCCAGAUCCAUAGCCUGACGCCGGUUGAUUGGUAGGGUACGACCGUUCUGCGGCACCGUUGGGUGCAGCGACGACGAGCUGGGAGGAUUUUACUUUUCACUUCUGCACUCCGCGUGUCAAGCUCUUGGACUCGCGUGGGCGGGAACAAGGGGACAUCCCGAUAAGGACUGCGUUGGCAAUAAAGAAACGUCCAAAUGCGGUUAUGCGUCAGAAAUCAGAUUCCGUGGAACCUAACACGUGCUGGGGUCCAGGUGAGGUUCGCUCUGCAGGGCGUCAAGGAGACGACUGUGCUGUGGGUUCCAGAGUAUGAGAAGUUGUCGGAGCGUACGAGGAAUGUCUUUUACUCUGCUCACAAAGCACAAUGCCGCUCUGUACAUGCUAUGUUUCUGAAUGAUGUCGCUGAUGAUGGGCGCUGGUGCCCGGGGUCCCUGCCUUGCGGCCACCCUUUCCCCUUCGCUUCGAGCUUUGGAACAUCCGAUGCUUCACCUGUCCUUAUAAGGGCGAACAAUAGAAAAGGAUAACGUGCCCCCAUUGUUCGCUCGUUUGGGAUCCCUCUUCCACCACGCCCCAGUCGAUUCUCAAUCAUCCAGGAGCGCUAUGCCUGCCCUUCGCUCAGCUUCUCGCCGGACCAGUGGAGGUUAUGGGAGGAGGAGGAGUUCAAUCGCGCCGCUCGUCGCCAAACCCGGGACGUACGGUUAUGCUGCUCCCACCGCCCCAUCUACUAUCCUCCCCGACGCGGCCAGUGCUUCGUCUUCAUCCUUGACACCCUCCAACCAGGCGACGGUGACCUUCGCGCCCAAUGUGACGCCGAUUACGUACAACGCCCCGUCCCCCGAUGAUCCCUCGUGCGACGAUCUGCCACGCCCAGGGGACACGGACGUCACUGCCCCGCUGUUCCCGCCGAGCAAUCAGCCUGCGCCGGCACCAAGGAGGAAACGGGUUGCACCUGGCAAGAGGCGCAGUCUGGGGUACAUUCCUCGCCCACCCAACGCAUUCAUGCUGUUCCGUGCGAACUUUGUGAGAUCGAGGCAUAUCCCUGGCAGCCUAGAAGCCACGCACAGCAGUCUCAGCAAGAUCAUCGGCACCGUCUGGCGCUCGCUGUCUCUGCGCGAGAAGGCCACAUGGGAGAAGAAGGCGAAGGACGCCAAGGCGGAACACAAGAUCAUGUACCCCGACUACAAGUUCCGACCCGUCCACGGCAAAGCGCGCGCGCCCAUCGGCUCGUACUCCAACAGCGAUUACAACGCCGCGCGGACGAUCAAGCACGAGAUGGAGGAGAAGCGAUCGGAGGAUAUCGCAUCGCUGUUGCUGCAGGGGAAGAAAGGCGACGAGCUCACUGACGCGGUGAAUGAACUCGAUGUGCGCCGACGCGCCGAAUACGCGCUGUCCAAGAGCGAGACUGCCACCGACCGGGCGUUCACAGACUCGCCGUCUCCUGGUCCCGAACUUUUGUACAACCCCAACAUUCCCGAUGGAUAUGGUACGGAUGUGCCGAUGUCGAUGCCCAAGUAUCCGCACCCGCUCAACUUGGAUCCUGGCGCUUUUUAUCUCUCCCGGGAUGUGAGCUCCCCACCGUCUUCGACGUUGACCGCGGGAUCUCCGUAUCAGAUGCCGCUGCCUAUGCCCCUGUACCAGCAGCAGCAGCAGCUCGAUUCCUCUGAUCGUUGGAGACACCGUCGGAGCUCUAGUGUACCGCUGCCGACCGAAUGCCACUAUGGACCAUUUUACGGACACGAUGAAGCGACCAUGAGCGUCAAUUCCAAUGCGCUGACGCUUCCUCCCAUUCAUUUCCCCAUCGACCACACCAACGUCGGUUCGUGGAUGCUGCCCCCGCCGCCGACCGCUGCGGAAGAUUCGUUGUCGGGUGCUGCGAUCGGCAUCAGCGCGGGUUCACAGCGGAUGUCGUUAUCGUGGGGUUCGAUGGGGUCGACUGGUUACAUGCGACCGAGCUUCAGCUUCGGGUUCCGCAACUCGUAUUCGUCGACGUGGUAUGCUGCUGGUGGAACCGGUUACGCUGCGAACACUUUUGAUCCGAUCGGCCGCCGGGCAAGCAGUGCGCAGGCGUUCUUCUCCCCGACGUCGUUCAAGUUCAACACUUGCGGCAGCGACGCUGCAGAGUAUGAGCAGCAGCUGCCGGAGGAGCUUCCGGAUGCGGACACGUCGCUUUUCCACCCGGGUUUCCUGAACACCUUUGGUGGAGCGCCGGUUUCCGAGCUGGCGAUGGCGAACUUCGAAGUACAACAGGCGUCCGUGCUGCACGCACCCCAGCCGAUGAACCCUGUCUCCCCGCUGAACUCGGUCGAAUUCCACCCGCCCGCGCCUCAGUACUCGGAGCCGCCCGCGCCUGAAGUGUACGAUGUCCAAGGCCCUGUUGUCAUGGAAUCUUCGACCCCGACGCCAGUUGCUCAGACCUCAUCGCUGUCUCCGCAACUGCAGUACCCAGAGUCUGCUGCUCCUACUCCUGCGCCUGAGCCGGUGCAUUACCCCCCGUUCGAGUUUGCGUCUGAUUCAGGAGAACUGCAUUUCGCUGCGCGGCCGUCGAUCGACAUCGGAAUGUUGAUUGCGAAACCGGUCGAUAUGGCAUAUGCAGCGAGCUACGCAAACGAGUUCGAGUAGUCGCACGACGAUCCAUCUGCUCAGAUGUCCAUGGGUUCUUCCUCCUGCUUGUUUUUAUAAUCUUGACCCUGAUUUCUGGUUUCUGCUCUGCCGUAUAUCAUGUAGCCAUAGCCAGCGCCGCUUCCUCAGAGUGGUGCAUCCCCCGAUUUCCCAAGUACCCACGUCUCUUGUAAUGACUGUAUACUAAUUAUUGUGUAUUUAUAAUCCAGUAUCAGGUUUCAUCAGCUUUAUGUGGCUGUGCGCAGGUCCUGAUCUGACCUGCGAGUCUAUCCACUUGCUACAUCGAUAUCCCUUAGGCCAUAGAACUCGACAUGAACGAUUCUCCCGCCGGCAUCAGUGGCGGUUUGACUUUGAUCUUGGCGGUUAUGUUUGCUAUUCAGUUCCGAUUUCCGCCUGUAACGUGGGCCGCUUGACUGCGGGAUAGUCGAUAUCUAGUGUCGUAGUUUUCGGAGCCAGUUCCAUCAUUGAGACCGAUGGAAAGCGGAGUAAC